UCUACAUCUAUCUCCAUUUGAUGCGAGCCGCCUACGACAGGUUUCGACUCGCCCAGCGCAGUAAGAACCCGCGGGCCUGCUGCUGGGUGACCUUUCUCACCAGAGUACGCACACCGCACGGGACAGGUCGUAGCUCGCUCUCCGGUGGGUGCGCGGGCGCACACACACACACACACACACACACACACACACACACACACACACGCACACAGUUUCCUCUAAACGAAUCGGCACCACUUUCUGGAGGGACUACAAAUUCAUCGGGAAACGGUGCCGGGACCCGAGACAUUCCCGAAACCCAGGCAUCCGUCAGGGUAGCGUUUUUGCAGCAUUGCCCACCCACCCAAAACAGGCAGAGCAACGCUCACUGGCAAGAGAGAGAGAGAGAAAGAGAGCGAGAGAGCGAGAUGCUAAUGAUGGUUGCGCGCGGAGAGGAGACGAGGUCGGGUCGCGACGCUGCACCUGCUGCUGCUGCGAUUGGGAAUGUGCAAUAUAAUCAGCCGAGAAGUGCAUACCAAACCCCAGUCGGGAACGGUGGCGUGCACAGUGUGCACAUGUGAUAACUGCGGGAACACCGGGAACCCUUUCUAGCCCGAACCAGAAACACACCGCGCGCGCACACAGAGACAAACACAGUGGCACACCACUGGCAAAUCCCCCAAAAUUCGGUUUCUUUCCCCCCUUUUUGGUUUUUUUUUGUGCAAACGUGAACAGUCCUUCCCGAAGCAAUGCUACGGCUUCCUGUGAGGAGCGAGCGUGUCUGAGACAGUUUAGCAUUUGGGUGGAGAAGUGGAGUUCGCGCCUACAGAGACACCAGCGGGUCAGACCUCUGCUUGUGUGUGAUAAAUUGUUGUGCAUCAAUUAGGGCAAUUUAUAACGCGCAGCGAAUCCGUGCCGACAACAACGACGACGACGUACCAUCGUAGCCCUCUCGCUCGUGUCUGUGUGUGUGUGUGUGUCUAGUGACUUUGAUCGAUCGAAGCGAAAGUGUUUUUCCUGUGUCCUCCUGUGUCGGUGUGGCUUGUGUCCUGUGUCGUAUCCCUUUGUGGGGGGGAUCCCCGCGCGUACUCCGUGAUUAGUGAACGAACGAACACGAUGCAUCAUUGCUGCACUACCAGCGCUGGCCGUUUUGCCGUAGCAGCAGCCACAGCACUGCCGACGAUUGCCCCCGGCACCACCGGGACGCACCAGCGGCAAUCAGCGUAAACUGCUUCGCCCCACCCGCACCCACGCAGUGCGCUUCCCCGUAAUCGGCACCCCCGGGGCUGGACAUUGCUCCAGCACCACGUCCGCACACACGCACACGUACAGCGCACGUGUGUGUGUGUGUGUGUGUGAGAGAGAGAGAGAGCGCGCGCGUUGCAGCGGUUGUGCGGUUUUAGUGGCGGUCUACAAUCAAUUUACCACGGCACAACACACCCACUGUCCCCCGGAUCCUGGCAGGACGAGACCGCCAUAGUCGUCUUUGGAGUCAAGUGAGUCGCACGUCUUCUUCGCUUGAAAAGCGCAACAGGCGCAACCAAACCGCACCACACCACACUCCACGGGACCCCGUUUGCCGAUGGCGACACCAAAGGACGAACGAGCGACCAAUCCGGCCACGAUGCCCGUCAAUGGAUACGAUAACGGUGGCAGCUGCACGCCGGCAACCAGCACCGGCAGUAGCAGCAUCGGGCUCACGUCCACGCCCGUCUCGAGUGGGCGCAGCUCGAACAGCAACAGCAGCAACAGCAACGGCGGAAGCUCCGUCACCAGCACACCGACGGCUGGUGGCCACGAUCAGGCGGCAGGCGGCAACAGCAGCGCCAGCGUUACGCCCGGUGCACCGGGCUCGUCCGGUCACAAGGGCAGCAUCCGGGGCAACAAGCUGGCUCGCCGGGCGCGCUCGUUUAAGGACGACUUUCUGGAGAAGAUAUCGCAGAUCCGCACCCCGACCAGCACGAUGACUAGAUCUCACUCACCCAACAGUCCACGGGGCGGCGCUGGCGGUAGUGGCGCAAAUGCGGCCAGCUAUGGCAGCCGCAAGAGCACCACCGACGAACCGGCCAAGCCGGUGCAGGAUCUCAACUAUCACGUGCGGCAGGUGAAGAAUGCGCUGACCCACUUCAAGGACGUCAUACUGAAGAACAAGCUGGAGAUGCUGCCGGGCAACGGUACGGUCGUGCUGGAAUCGAUCGCGAACGUGCACACGGCUCUGCAAUCGUACACACUGAACGAGCACAGUUCAGCUUUCAUCAACGCGACCAACCACGUGCACGUCUCGCUCGGCAACCUGCUGAAGCUGUGCGACGAGGUGCUGCUAACGAAGGAGGGCGACGACUGCCCGUCGCUCAGCAAGGAAAACGUGAAGGAGGUGGUCGAGCUGGUCGAGAACGCGGUCAACAAUCUGGUGAACCUGGCGAACGAGAAACUCUCCGACCGGAAGGCAAUCGGGGCUGGCGGGAGCGGCGGCCCGGGCACAGGGGUCGGCGGUACUGCGGCGGGCCACAGUGCCGGCGGUCCGAGCUCGAACACGUUGCAGCGCCCGACGGUCGACGUGGUCAGCCAGCGCACCUCGCUGCCGGACAUUCCGCUGACGCCGCGUGAGCGCGACAUUCUCGAGCAGACGUCGCUGAAGACGGUGCGGGCGUCGCACAGCACGGAAAGCAUCCUGCGCGAUUCAAGCCCGCCGCCGCCGCCCAAACCGCCGCUGCCGGACCGGUCGCAGGAACCGCCGCCACCGUUGCCGCCCAAGCGCAAGAGCCAGCAUGCCAAGAAUCACUCCUUCCACGACACCACCACGGCGUCGUCCGACUGCGCGUCAACCGAUUCGACCAUCUUCCAGCUCGGGGGCGGACCGGGCAGUAGUGCCGGCGGGGCAACGGGCGCCGGUGGCAGCAUCGGGCUGGACCGGAUGUCGCUGCGGUCGCGGUCACCCGAGGAUAACUGCAGCCUGCUGAGUGCCAGCGCCGGUUCGCUCGACUCGGCGCUGAAUCACUCGCGCGAGGAGGAUGAGCUGCGGGCGCUCACGAGCUGCUCGUCGCACGCGAGCGCAACGGCCGCCAGCCUCGGCGGGCUGGUGAUACUCGGUGCCGGCGCGUCCGGUUGCGGCACGCAGCACUGGGAGGAGGCGGGAGAUCUAGCGGGCGGAUUGCCGCAGCACAGCAACAACAGUCUGAAUCGCAACUCGAACGAGUCUGGGUUCGAGUCGAUGUACUCGCUACGUGUCAGUCGCGAUCAACAUCAGCAACAGCAACAGCAGCAGAUGCAUAUGCAGUACCAGAGCACGGCUGCGACCGUUACCACGCACCAUCAUCACCAGAAAAGUGCCAGCUCGUCGUCAUCCUCCUCGUCGUACGUGCACAAGUCUGAAUCCAUCGUGGACGGCAUGGCGGCACUGGUGGUCGCCUCUGGAAAAGCUGCCGUGCAGCAGCAACAUCUGCAGCAGCACCACCAGGCACACGUGCUGCAUCAUCAACAGCAUCAGCAGCAGCAGCAGCACUUUCAUCAGAAAAUUGACACGAUCAUCACGCAGGCCAGCGACGACAGUAGCGCGGGGCCGAAGGGGACAAGCGAACAGCCUGCCAGCGCGACCUCGCUGACGUCGACCGUCACCACGUCCAGCAGCAGCAGCCUGUCGAAGCUGCUCGUGCACGGCCCCAGCAUCGACGAGCUCGGCAACGAUGACGUCUUUCCGCGGACGUCGGCCGGUGGUGCGACGGAUCGACCACCAGCCCUGCCAGUCAAGACGCGCUCGCACAGUAUUAAGCGGGAACGCCAUCCGUCACAGUACGACAACGUGGACGAGGUUGACCUGGAGCGAGGUUCGCAAGACUCGUUUGGUCACUUCCCGAUGCAGAGUUCGCCGUCGUAUCUGUACAGCCGGCAGCAGAUGUUCCACAAUCUACCGAGCAAGCAUAUCAGUCUGAUCGAGCCGCGGCAUAUGAGCCGGUUCCAGGAGGAGCCACCGCCGCUACCGAUCAAGAAGAAGCAUAUGUUUCAAAGUGUUGCAUAUUCAGUCAUGGCUUACAUGGAGAUCUUCGGCAGUGCCACCCAGAACCAGUCGGAGUUUAUGCGCCACUCGGUGCACACGUACAACUUAGCGCACUCGGAGCAGAUAUCGACCAGUAGCACCACGAGCAAUCACAGCAUCUCACACAGUCAAACGAUGAGCCUCUCGCCGUCGCGCAUUGCUCCGGCUACGGUGUCGCCACCAAGCUCGCCGAACGUGAGCGUGAAGCCGCCCGCGCUGCCACCGAAGCGCCAGCGCAUCAACAGCAAAACGCCCAGCAUCGCCUCGACCCCGCCACCCAGUCCGAAGAUAUUCCAGGACCAGCAGCAGCACCACCACGCGCAGCACCACUAUCACCAGCAGCAGGCCCAAGCGCCGAACGCAAUCAACACGUCGCCCUCGCCAUCAACGUCCUCGCUCGCCUCGACCCAGUCCGGUGCGGGCGGCAAACCGUCGGCUGUCUGCAAUCAAACGCUGGACGCGAAAACACCGAAGGUAGCGCAACCACCACUGGCGGCAUCCGCGCCCGAGGCGGAGUCGGCCACUGCUAGCGGCAGUGCUGCGUCCACUUCCACUACUAGUACUACCCUCACCAACAUAGCUGCUACUACUACUACUACUACCACUAUCUCUUCCGUUGGUGACGAUGGUGGCGCUGCUGCUGCUGGCGCUGCCACCGAGCAGUGCGGCAUUCGUUACCAAUCCCCUAACCGGCGGCAUCCGGUCGGUGGGCAGCACGCGGCCGACGAUGACUAUCUGCACCUGUGCGAUGCGACCACGCGAGCGCCCAUUUCCGGCGAUAAUCUGUCCGCCUCCUCUUCCUCCGCCUUUCCCUCCUCCGCUUCCAAUCUGAAUCUCGCCAGUACGGCUGGUCGCGGCAGCGGCAGCACCAGCCAGCAUCUAGUCAGCGUCACCAACCACAGCCACAGCAAUAACACUAGCGGCAGUAGUAGUAAUAACGUUGAAUCUAGUAGUUAUUUAAACGAUAGCCAUAACAAGGGUAGAACUAGCAGCAGCAGUAGCGGCGGGCAGGCCGUGUUGCCGUCCAGUGAUGCGAUGAUCUACGAAGCGUCCACCACGCCAUCGCCACUGCCGGCCGGCGAUGCCGGUGACGAACGGACAAGCAACAAAGACGGGGACGAGGUUGAGGUCAUACUUAGACGGAAUAAUAAGAACGGCAUGACGAUGGCGAUGGAGCAGCAACAGCAACCACUGAAUCUGAUGGAGGAGCUGGACGUGAGCAACUAUCUAGUGUUUAAGAAGGAAAACGAGGACGGUCCAGACGUCAAGGGUGGCCACCCGGAUGCACUCAUCAUCCACGCCACCCGGGUGCAGAAGAACUCAGACGACGAUUGUUUAGAGGAUGCUUACGGUGAAGCGUUCAUAACUACGUUCCGCACCUUUAUCUCGCCGUUGGACCUAAUCCAGAAGCUGUCCCAUCGGUACACCGUCUACCACUGUCAGAUGAAUGAUGCCAAACAGAAAGCCGCCAAAGAAUCCUUUUCCCUGCUGGUGCGGGUGGUAAACGAUCUGACUACACCAGAUCUGAGCGAACGACUGCUGGUGAUACUGAUGAACUUUGACUAUCAGCUGGUAAGCGCCGGCCACCUGACGAUGGCGAAGCUGCUGCGGGUGAAGCUGAUUGAGAAGGCGUUGAUCUACAAGCAGAAGGCGUCGCUCACCGUGCCGACGCUGUCGUCCCGGGCGCUCGUCGCCCAGCCGCCGACCCUGCUUGAUCUGAAGUCGGCCGAGAUAGCCGAGCAGAUGACGCUGCUCGAUGCGGAGCUGUUCCAGAAGAUCGAAAUCCCGGAGGUGCUGAUAUGGGCGCAGGAGCAGUGCGAGGAGCGGUCUCCGAAUCUGACCCGUUUUACCGAGCACUUUAACAAGAUGUCUUACUGGGCUCGCACGCAGAUACUUUCCCAAAACGAUGCCAAAGAUAGGGAGAAGCACGUGAUCAAGUUCAUCAAAAUUAUGAAACAUCUGCGGAAAAUCAACAACUACAACUCGUAUCUGGCCCUGCUGUCUGCGCUGGAUUCGGCUCCGAUUCGAAGGCUCGAGUGGCAUAAAACGAUCACGGAAGGAUUGAAGGAGUACUGCGCAUUGAUCGAUUCCAGCUCCAGCUUCCGGGCGUACCGGCAAGCGUUGGCUGAAACGAACCCACCCUGCAUUCCGUACAUUGGGCUUGUACUGCAGGAUCUUACCUUCGUGCACAUCGGCAACCCGGAUCUGUUGCCGGACGGAUCGACCAACUUCUCCAAACGCUGGCAGCAGUACCACAUCGUGGUAAACAUGAAGCGUUUUAAGAAAGGAUCCUACCCGUUCAAGAAGAACGAGCGCAUCAUCGGUUUCUUCGACAACUUCGAGUACUAUCUAGACGAGGACGCGAUGUGGCAGAUUUCCGAAACGAUCAAACCGCGUGGCUCGCGCAAAGCGAACGUCAAUUAGUACAGGCUGAACUGUUUGCGUGGGGGUAGCGACGACCAGCAGGAAGGCACCGGUGCGAUGCGGCCGAAUCGAAGCAAUGGCGAGGAGGAGGGCGGCAGCAGCAGUGCGCAACGGCUGCUGAAGUAGGCCAGUAGGUCGCCGUUUCGGCUUCGAAUCUCGAAACCAAGGCUCGAACGGAGCCGGCCAGUAGAGGCAUCGGAAACGGUGGGGGGGAUCGAGGAAUGGGAGGGAGAGAGGAGGAGAUAGAACACAAUCUCAAUUGUGUGCACACCAAUACACACAACAACUCAGUCCCGAUUCUCCCCGGGUGGGGAAA